AUGGUAUUAAAACAGGGUUAUGAUUGCAGUCCUACGCGGGAUAAUAAAAUUCAGUUUAACAUGCAUCUAAUUCACAGGGAAAAUAGUACAAUGCUUGUUGCAAAUACAUCCAAUACCAUACCAUUUGAUGACAAUUUAUUCUUGGAAAUGAAAAUGGCUCUCAAAGAUUCAUAUGGCAUUUGGAAAGAAAAUUUAUACAUACAUAAAUCACCUAACGCAUGCUCAACGGUAAAACAAUUAUUGGGAAAAGCAUGGCCAGAAAUCAUUCAUGGUUAUGGAUUUCCAACUGUCAAUUGUCCUAUACCUCCGGGUGCUUAUAUAUCUCCAGGGAUGAAUGUGCAGUCAAUUUGUGAAAACUCUAAUUUUCCAAAAAUGUUUAUUUAUGGAACAUACAAAUUUCAUAUUAUUUACUACACACGAAAAAAUGAAAUUUUUGGCUGCCAAGGUUUCAUUUUUGAUAUGAAGCGUCCUUGA